CUUAGUGCUGCAUUCGAUACCAUUGACCACAGCACACUCCUACAUAGACUCGAAAAUUAUGUCGGCAUUAAGGGAAUAUCUUUGAAAUGGUUUAAAUCUUAUUUAUCCGACCGUUUUCAAUUUGUAGCAAUAAACAAUGAGGUGUCACGCAAAUCGCAAGUCCAGUACGGUGUACCACAGGGCUCAGUCUCAGGGCCUCUGCUCUUCGCAUUAUACAUGCUACCUCUAGGAGAUAUAAUAAAGCGACACGGAGUUAGCUUUCACUGUUAUGCUGAUGAUACUCAACUUUAUAUUUCCUCGAAGCCUCAUGAAACACAGCAGUUCCAUCGAAUAAUGGAAUGCAUAGUCGAUAUAAAAAACUGGAUGAGUAACAACUUUUUAUUACUGAACUCGGACAAAACGGAAGUGUUACUUAUUGGACCGAAAACUGCUAUAAGUAACAACCAAGAAUACUGUUUAACUAUUGACGGAUGUUCCAUAAAACCCUCGUCGUCAGCAAAGAAUCUUGGCGUUCUAUUCGAUAGUAAUCUGUCAUUUGAGAGCCACGUCGCCAACACCUGUAAAAUUGCGUUUUUCCAUUUUAAGAAUAUAUCUAAACUACGUCAUAUGCUGUCAAUCUCAGAUGCAGAGAAGUUAAUUCAUGCAUUCAUGACAUCAAGACUAGAUUACUGUAAUGCACUGUUAGGUGGUUGCCCUGCAGGCUUAUUACAAAAACUCCAAUUGGUCCAAAACGCGGCAGCUCGAGUUCUUACACGUACAAAAAAGUAUGAACAUAUUAGCCCGGUUCUGUCAACCUUGCACUGGUUACCUAUAAAGCAUCGCGUUAACUUUAAAAUCUUGCUUAUUACCUAUAAAGCCUUACAUGGUUUAGCUCCUCAGUACUUGAAUGAACUCCUUUUGUAUUACAGUCCUUCACGUGCAUUACGCUCUCAGGCGUCCUGUCAGUUGGUAAUACCUAGAAUUUCAAAAUCAAGUGCAGGUGGUAGAUCCUUUUCCUAUCUAGCGCCUAAACUUUGGAAUAGUCUUCCCUGCACUGUCCGGGAGGCAGACACACUCUGUCAGUUUAAAUCUAGACUAAAGACGCAUCUUUUUAAUCUUGCAUACACUACUCUUCCAUAAUAUAAAUCUUCAGAGGGUUUAGGCUGCAUUAGUUAGAUCAACCGGAACCAAAAACACAACUGAUGUACUUGUUGCAUCAAAGAGUACAGAACAGUACUCUACUCUCAGCCAGUCUUGUCUCAUUGUUCCAAGGUUACCACAGCGAGCAGGAUGCAGUUCAUGGCCUGACCUGAUGGUAGAGCGGAGAAUGGGAAGUGGGGACCUGACAAGAGCUGAGAUGAUAGAGCUGGAUAAAGAAGGACGCGGUCUCUUGACAUGUCUUCACCACAAAACUUCAAAUGCUAUUAGAUUAUUAAUGAUAAUCUUAAACUAUAAUUUAUUUUAUUAUUAAGUUUAUUUAUUUUAUUUAGCCUUGUUGUGCAAGUUCUCUGGAGCUUGUGCAGAGGCAGCAGCUUUUGCCAGAGGGGAACUGGAAUCCCCUGGUUGGGCCUGGGUUCUCCUGAGGUUUUUUUUCUCGAUUAGAGUUUUGGGUUCCUCGCCACCGUUUGCAUACUGUUUUUGCACUAUCUGCCUGACCGGGGGGGCUGCUUUAGAAUCUUAAAGUUUUACUUAAUUAAUAUUGCAUAUAGGAAUUUAUUAUCUGUUAUAUUUGACCUGUGCUUCUCUCUCCUUUAUCCUAAAUGUGUGCUCUCACUGAGCGUGUGUGUGUGUGCGUACUUGUCUGUGUACGUACGUGUGUGUGUGUGUGUGUGUGUGUGUGUGUGUGUGUGUGUGUGUGUGUCUGUGUGUGCGUGUUGUGUGUGUGGAGUGUUUUGUGUGUGGGUGUGUCUGUCUUCUGUGUUUUCAACCUUUUCUUGUUUUUGCAGGUAAAACUUUGAUUGUUUUGCUUGUAGUCAAUGUGUCUCAUGUACAGCUGCUUUGUAACAAUGAAAAUUGUAAAAGCGCUAUAUAAAUAAAGUUGAGUUGAGUUGAGAUGACAGGAGUCACAGCAGCACGUUUAAGAACGUGGCCCCUUUAAGAGCUGUCUUAGUACGCAGAUCUGACCGUCACCGCACUCCCAUUUUCACAACUCUUUGCAUUCAUUUAAGAUUUUAUUUUACACCUUGAAGUCUGUGCUUAAGAAAAUGCUAGACAAAACGGGCUUUCUGACAUAAUCUUGUGUGGUUUUAUCCAUUCAAGCACGAAAGAGAACUUAACACGGAUGCGCUGUCUGACAGAGAUUCACCGAUGCAGCCGUUACUGUACACACCAGACUGGACCUCUCGUUGCGUUUUGCCGCGUCCCACAGUUUAGAAGCUGUCUAUCUUCAUUGAACGCCUCAAAGCAACUGUUUCAAAUCGCGCUUAAGUGGUUUAAAAGCCUGUACACGAAUAAGAGCGUGAUUACAUAAUGUAACGCUAGACAAAGGAUGUCAAA